AUCAAAUUUAUUUAAACGUUGUGAUCUUUUUCAUCUACAAAUUAGUUACCUUUUAUCAGGCAGUGUGAAAAAGUGGAUUGUACUGAAAUCGGCCAUCCAAUAUAAUGUGAAAACUUUUUCGAUUGUAUUGCAAAGUUUUGUAAAAAUGACUGUGCCUCCUAGCCCUCGAUCUAUCAUCGUCAGUGUAAUUGACAGUAAGCGGACCCAAUCCGAAUCAGAAUCGAAAUCAGUAGUUACCUGGUGCCGCUCACAAUGGAAGGCGAUAGCUGCAGAGAUUAUAGCUACUAUGAUUUUGUUGCUACUCGGCUGUAUGACUUGUUUACCUAUCGAUGGAUUCCAUAUCCUGCCACCACUCUACUCACCUAUUGGCUUCGGCUUGAUAGUUUUAUCUAACGUUCAGAUAUUCGGUCAUAUAUCUGGUGCGCAUAUGAAUCCAUUCGUAUCAGUGAUUGGUGUUAUAUACGGGAAGAUAUCCGCUGCAACUGGAAUAGCUUUUAUAAUCGCUCAAUGCAUUGGAUCUACAUUGGGAUAUGGAAUACUUAUGUAUCUAUCACCGCACAAUCUGGCUGAAAAGGGAAUCUGCCUGACGCUUCCACACUCAACUCUAAAUGAUUAUCAAGCUUUAGGUAUUGAGAUGGUUUUGACGGCUGUUCUGUCUCUAUUGAUAUGUGCUUUAUGGGAUCCAGCCAAUGCUGCUAAACAAGAAUCAGUUGCACUCAAAUUCGGCUUUACAAUAAUCGGCCUGAGUAUAGCGGGAUCCUCCUUGACUGGUUGCAGUAUGAACCCAGCCAGAUCUUUGGGACCAGCAUUAUUGACCGGGAGAUGGGAGUCUCACUGGGUGUACUGGGUUGGACCUUUAGUUGGCGGAACACUUUCGGCUGUUUUCUACAAGUAUAUGUGGUUAACAAACCCUGAAAUCAAAAAUUUGGAAGUUCAAAAUGUGGAACUCGAACAAAAAUGUGAUGAAGUUAAAUAGUAACAAAGAUAGUAAUAGAAGGCAUAUUUUUUGUGGGAAUUAAAUGGACGUUAUAAAAUAGAUGUAUUUGUAUAAAAUAGAAAAAUAUUUCUUUAAGUUAAUAAUUUUUGCGAAUCAUUUCGCAAGAUGGAUUCCGGCGGCCUGCUUUAAAGAAUAUCUUUUUUAUUUCUUUAAUUUUGUGAAUGUCGACAUGAAAGAGUAAUAAAUAUUGUUAGCAGAUAUAUUUUUCGUAGCCUAUAUAAGGGCUCGCCAACAGGGUUCGCCCUCUUUUGCCGCGCGACCGUCAAGCCGUCAACACGUCAUCUUGGUGAUAUUUUUCCGUUUUAUACCUAUUCUAUGCUUUCGUUCUGGUGAUUUAUAAUUUAAUUAAAUAAAUUCAAUUGUUAUUAUUAAAUAGUCUCGAAAUAUAUUUUUUUUUUAAUUAAAAUAUCCCUUCUGUGCUAAAAUCAGAAGUGGGAUAGGCCUUUAGCCCACAGCUGUCUAUUUUAGUUAACAAGAACGAAAGCAUAAUUUUUACAGUCUUGUAUCUUUUUACUGUGUGUAUUUUGUGUUGAGUGAUUUUAUUUGUCAGUUGUGAUAUUGAAAUUUUGCGGCCAGUGUUAAACCGUAAUUAUUAUGGCCGGCUCCAAACGUAAACAUUCAAAAAGUAGGUCGCGUAGACAUAAGUCACGUUCUAAAAGUAGAUCACGUUCGUUGCGCCGGAGCCUUUCACGUAGUCCUCCUCAAAAUGUACCUUUGCCGGAGACAAGCAGUAGUGAUGGUUUAAAUGCAAUACAACAAAGUUUAAAUGUUAUUAUGUUACGGUUGGAUGCGUUAGAAAAUAAUAAUCCGUCUCGUACUACCCUCGCUUGUAAAGAAAAUGUCGUAAAUUCUAACGAAUCCGAAUCACGUCGUAAUAGCUAUGACGGUGUUAACUUGCGCAGUGCCCCCGUAGAUACACAACGACACUCUUCCCUGGUUGACUGUGACGACAAUACGUCACAUGUCGACAGCACUCUGUCGACGGCGCAAGCGCUGGUUGAUGCCAUCAAAACAUUGGCCCCCCCACGUACACAUUAUUACGUAUCGAAUUUUGAUCCCGCUAUACAUGAUAUAGAGUCUUGGUUUGAAGAGGUGGAUCGGGCUAAACUCGCUAACAAUUGGGAUGAUCGUGAAUGUUUAUCGCGCGUGGCCGGUUGUUUAAAAGGCGAUGCAAAAGCCUGGUUGAACGAGUGGGGUUCAAAUGACCGGUCCUGGUCCAAUUUCAAGCUAGAUUUUCGAUCUCUGUGUCCAAAUAAAUUAGAUUACGCUAAUAUUUUAUUUGACAUAAUGAAUACUACAUCAGAUAAGUAUAGCACGUAUGCCGAAUAUGCGCGUCGCACUUUGCUUAGAUUAAGAAUAGUAAAAGGUUUAAGUGAAGAAUUAAUUACACAAAUAACCAUUCGAGGUAUAACUGAUGCACAAGUGCGUGCUGCAGCGGCUAACGCCAAUCUGAGUCUCGAAAAUUUGGUCUCGUUUUUAUCUAUUUAUGUGAAACCUGGCUGCGAUAAACCCGAUUCUAAGCCUCAAUUUAAUAGAAAACGUGAAUAUUCUGACAAUCCAAACAAUAAAUUCUCAACCUUACAAUGUGGUUUAUGUGGCCAGGCGGGACAUAAAAGUUAUCGGUGUUAUAAGAAACCGCGUCAAUUUGAUAAUGAUUCACCUACAUCUACCGCCAUUUCGUGUACAUUUUGUAAAAAGCCCGGUCAUACUCAAGAUAAGUGUUUUGCUAAAGAAAGAUCAGAGUCAUGCAAUUAACGAAAUGUCAAUCUCUGUUCAGAGUUAUCCCAAAGUUCGUUGGAAACAAAUAAAAUGCAAGAUGAACCUAGUUUCGGCAGUGUAAGGUAUUCCUAUAGAUGUACUUAUCGACAGCGGAACUAUGAACGUAUGUGUUACCAUAUCGCAAGUACUAAAAUAAUUUUCGUGCGCCUUAAAACCAACCAAUUGUAUACUAAAAGGUAUUAGCAACCAAGAAAUACCUGCAACUGCGUAUGUUACUUAUCUAUCGAAUUUGAUGAGAUCUCUAUAGAAGCUGAUCUCGUGAAGGUUCCGUCGACGUGUAUGAAUACCACUAUUAUUAUCGGUACGGAUGUUUUGAACAGAGAUGGAAUAACAUUACGAUCUCGGAAUAGACAAUAUUUGACUAGAACCCAUUCAUCCAUGAGAAGAUACGUGGCCGCGGUUAGUGAGACACCUCAAGUAAAUACACCCCUUCAAGGUAAUGUUCGCGAUUAUCUAAUGGAGGUAAUUAAAACAUAUUCAAACUUUUUAUUACUGGUACAGCUACUACAACUGUAACUACAGGUAAGUUACACAUUAACCUUACCAGUAAUACCCCGGAUUUGCUUAGCGAUGUUUUGAAAACUCACACGGAAGCAGGUUUUUGUUAAACUUAAAAAGUAUUUCUCCUUGACAACUGAAGUUGAGUACUUGGGUUGUGAAUCAGUCGAGGUCAGGUUAGACCGAGCCCUAAUAAAGUCAAAGCUUUAAUAGAUUCGCCAACUCCAGAAAUUGUGAAGCAAGUCAGGCAAUAACUAACUAAUAACUAUCCUACCAAAACGACACUAAUCAGGUGAGCUCAGUCAGGAGUUUAAUUUAAAUGGGGUGCUGAACAAGAAGUGGUUCGUAAGGAACUUGUCGCUAUUCUCACAUAAUCUUAAACCUGCUGAGCAUAGAAGUGAACUACAGGAAGAACCUGUGGUCAGAAAUGUUAUGGAAGUUACAACUCAUUCUCAAUAUUACAAAACAUAAAACUAGGCAAACUUCCGCGCUUAAUUAACUUUUAGGCAUAGAGGCUGUUACUCCUGUCAUAAGGUCAUUAUCAUAUGACGUUGUGCACAAUGACUCUAAUAAAAAUAGAGGAGCGCGUCGUGAACUAAGUAGGUCUCAGGCUAAUGAUUUACUUCAAUCACAUCGUGCCUGACAGGAUUCCUAUGUCAACCGUCAAAGAGAGGCGCCAAAGCAAUACAAACGCUCACCGCGUUAUCUUGUAAUUUUUAUUAAGUUCUCAGUCAACAGGCAAAAUGGACUCUGGAAUGCGUGGUCCUUAUAAAGUGACACGUGUUCUACCUGGUGGAAGGUACGAGCUGCGACUCUGUCUGGGUCGUAUGGAAAGCCACCCAAGCUGCCGCAGAGUAUAUGGUGCCAUGGCGAGGCGAGUGGUGCCCCGAAUCUUGUGCUGCCUUCUUUGACAAUGAGUUCAACAGAAUAUACCUGUUUCCUACAAAGCAAUCAUAGCCGUUUUUGUCAUAUUAGGUUCUUUUGGGGUCCCUUUAACUUACUCCCUUUAAAUUCUUGCAAGUCAUGACAUUUUUCCCUUUCAGUUUUUGACAAAUUUACUGACAAACACACUGACUGAUGAAUUGUAGAAGUAUGAUGAAUAACGUUAUGAUUGUGGGAAUAAAGCAGGUAGUAAGGGAGCCUUAACGGACAGACGUAGAGUUACGUGGUCCUGGACAGACGUAGAGUUACGUGGUCCUUUCCUCUCCCUGUGGACAGACGUAGAGUUACGUGGUCCUUUCUUCUCCCUGUGGACAGACGUAGAGUUACGUGGUCCUCUCUUCUCUAUAUGGACAGACGUAGAGUUACGUGGUCCUGGACAGACGUAGAGUUACGUGGUCCUUUGACAUUGACAGACGUAGAGCUACGUGGUCAAAUGUUAUUUUCCCUUUGGCUUACAGACAUAGUGCUAUGUGGUCUGCCAAAGUAUCAGUUAUGUAGACAGACGUAGUGCUACGAGGUCUACAUAACUAAAACUAACUGGUCGUGUGAACAGACGUAGAGCUACGUGGUUCACAGGGCUAAUAUAUUUUUCUAGCUAUUGUGGUACUGCCUACUAACAGAUUCGGCGACUAUGUGAUCAGACGUAGAGCUACGUGGAUCACGAGACCGCUUGUUUUUAUAGUUCGUGCAGUGCCACAAUACUACAAUUUAUUUCAUUGUUACUAUGCGUAUAUAGUUGCCUUGAAUGUUACAGAGUUUCUAAAUCCUGUUCGUUACUUUCAGAUAAUGAUAUUGAUGACGACAGGAUUGAUCUACCAGCAGGAACCUCACGUGAUGACUUAGGUCCCCAAGGUAUCUAAGCACAAGAGGUCGAGGACGACCUACGUCAGGAGAGGCCGUGUUAGCAGAUAUAUUUUUCGUAGCCUAUAUAAGGGCUCGCCAACAGGGUUCGCCCUCUUUUGCCGCGCGACCGUCAAGCCGUCAACACGUCAUCUUGGUGAUAUUUUUCCGUUUUAUACCUAUUCUAUGCUUUCGUUCUGGUGAUUUAUAAUUUAAUUAAAUAAAUUCAAUUGUUAUUAUUAAAUAGUCUCGAAAUAUAUUUUUUUUUAAUUAAAAUAUCCCUUCUGUGCUAAAAAUAUAAUAUAUUUUAAUUUUGUACGUACAAUACAAUUCAUUUAACAUAAAGCAGUUUAAUGUAAUUUGUUUAAUUUUCUACAAUAACUUUUCCUAUCUGGUGUUAGUCCGGGAAGUCAUAUCCUCACGAUCAAACAUUGGGUAAGUCAACUUUUUAAACUAUAAAACAGAAAUAUAUUUCAUAUUCUAGCAUUUUAUUUUCGAAUUUGAAAUCGAAAUAGGUAAUUAUAAGUAAUGAGUAUAUUUGUUUGCCACUUUCUGGAUGAGUAAACAAGGGAUAAGCCAACUAAUAUGGGUUGGAGUUAGGCUCCUCACAUACUGUAAGCCGGCUACUAGUUCAACGUACGACGGCGGACGUGCGUGGAAUCCAGCGGACGGUUGAUUUAAAAUCCAGCAUUGGGUGUCGGGGGAUUCGCGAUAGUUUUAUUUCAUAGUCUAUGCGAUAACUUUGUGGACAGUUAACGAAGUCGUCCUGUCGAUUGUCGAAACUAGACCCUCCUCAGGGAGGACACAAUUGGGAUUAAUUCCUGGAUAUUGGAUCAAUAUAAUAAAACUUAUCCAUUACAUAUGAGUAAAUGACAGACAUAGUACAAUCGAAUACUAAGCAUGUAUAUUUCUUAUAAAGUGUUGUGUUAUCCCUAUCCUAACAUUUAGGAGGAAUAUUCCACGGGAACUGGUCAUUAGAUACCCGUACGAAGUCGCAGGCGAAAAAUAAUUAAUAUAAAAGUAAAAUUUGUUAAGACAUAGAGAUAUACGUGUACACAUAGCAAUAUCAAUAGGAUAACAUUUUAAAAUAGGUAUUAUACAUCCAAAUGCACGUCACGUUACGAUAUUUUUUCGUUAGGUUAUAUGAGUUAUUGUUAGUAAGACAUAUCCCAAUAACAAAUUUACAAUCAAGUUAUUAUCGAACGAACGGAUCCGUCUAGUUCUCAACUGAGACAGUGCUAUCACCUUACCGUACAUAAAUCAGUAAGCGAAGAAAAUAGCGAUAACAACCAUCGCUAAACGACAUUGUUUACGACAGAACCUCCAGUGAGGAUUGUAGGCGAGGCACGUACGGCGCGAUGUCCUCAGACACGCUUGUUAGAUACCUAAUAUAGCUUGUAGCGUUACAUUUUUUGUAUACAACAAUACAUACAGCCCUUAUCGCUAUCCUGUGAAUCUGGGCACUCUAAGCGCUUGACACAACAUAUGUUGUGCGUUUCUCGCGUUCCCACUUGCCAUGAUCCCUGCAUAAUUGUUUUGUUUCACCCACGUUCGAAUAUCUCUUGAUACACGGAAAUCGGUAUAGGGUAAUCUUGACUUGACCUUUCUCCAAGAUGUCACUGACUUAAUCAAAGGGUGUUAGUCUAAGCUUUCCUCGUUCAACGUUUCCAUUCACACUCUGUUCUGUAUUCCUAAGUCAAAGCUUGAGAGUAAUACGAUAAAUUUACUUAACAACUAACUCAUAGUUUAUUAUUAUACUAUUAAAACAACAACUAUGCAGUAAGAAAAUGUAUUGUAAAGUUGAAAAAAACAAUAAAGAUAACAACCUUAGGUAAACAGGCAACAUUGCAUAUGUUACUAUGUGAGAGGCUUGGAAAAAAUAAAAUACUAAAUAGGCAUAAAAUAAUGGAAUGAAAUAUUAUAUUCCCUAUUUUUUUAAGCAAUUCAAUAAAUUAUUUAAGUAGUUAAGAAGUAAUAUUUAAUCGCAACAAGAAUACCAAAGUCCUUGUACCUACCAUCUUUCAUUGCGCUUGCACACUAACUUGAUUGUGACCUUCAAGACAGGUUUGCAAUAUGUAUACGCAAUAUCGAUUGCUCUUUGACCAACGUAGACUUAAGUAUAAACAAAUGAAGUAUUGGUAGAAUGAAGAUGGGUUAUUUAUAUUAUUAAUUUAAAAAAAACUACAGACAAAAUUAUGGCCGUCAAUUUAUUAGCAAACAUGUUAUAAGCAAGAAUGCUAUAGAACGUCCAAAGUGUGUAAUUGCAUUUGUCCAUGGAUAAAACUAUUAUGUUAACUAGCUGUCGUUAUUUUCGGCCAACUUAAUCGGCCGACAUCAAUUUUUCAUACCCACCAAGGGUAUGAAAAAUAGAUGUUGGCCGAUUCUUAGACCUACUCAAUAUGCUCACAAAAUUUCAUGAGAAUCUGUCAAGCCGUUUCGGAGGAGUACGGGAGAAUUUUAUAUACAUAUAAGAUUAUGAUGUAAUGGAAUAUAAAGAAUACAUGAAUAAAUAAUUGAAAUUUUUAUCUAAGUUAAAUAGUAGGAUCCCAUUAUAAAAUUAAGAAUGUAAAGAUAAGUAUAACAUUUGUGUUAUCUGCAGAUAAUUUGUUGUAGUUUAUAAUAAUAAUUCCUCCUACUAGUUGUACAAAAUAUUACAAAAAAACUAGACUAUUAUCAAGAAAAAGGUCCCUUCCAAUGUUCGGUCGAUUGAAAUGACUUUAAAAGAAUUCCUUUCUAAG